UGACAAGUUGAUUCCCCCUGUGUUCUUUACUGUGCUGUCACUUGAACCAUAUUUAUCAGUGCGAAAAUACUUUCCUAUUAGAAUUAUUAUUUACAAAUGAUUUACAACUAAAAAUUAUGCCGUUAGCAAAUUCCGUAGAACCAUGGCAAAUUCAACACGCCGAAACAGAGCUUUUGGAGUAUCCAGGCCCCUAAGAAUAGUGUCUUCCCAAUCAGGAGAUACAGAUGAGGCUGGAGCCAAUGAAGAUACUGUUUCAAAUGAGGAGGAACAUGAAAUUGAACUGGGAGAGCUUGUUCGGAAUGGCCUUGACAAAGCAGACCCCUCUCAAUUUGAACUACUCAAAGUUCUCGGCGAGGGAUCUUUUGGGAAGGUAUUUCUGGUUCGAAAAGUGGUGGGAAACGACGCCGGGACACUGUAUGCAAUGAAAGUACUUCGCAAGGCAACCCUGAAAGUACGCGAUCGUCAUCGCACAAAACUGGAAAGAAACAUACUAGUGGACGUGGAGCACCCGUUCAUUGUCAGGCUCCAUUAUGCAUUCCAAACCACUGGAAAAUUGUAUUUAAUCUUAGAUUUUCUAAGGGGAGGAGAUUUGUUUUCUAGAUUGUACAAAGAAGUAAUGUUCACUGAAGAAGAUGUAAAAUUUUAUCUUGCCGAGCUGGCUUUAGCAUUAAAUCACCUACAUUCUUUAGGUAUAAUUUACAGAGAUCUAAAACCCGAAAAUGUUCUAUUAGAUUCCGAUGGUCACAUCGCUCUAACCGAUUUCGGUUUGGCAAAACAACCCCUAGAAGAGGGUAAAGCGUAUAGUUUUUGUGGAACAGUCGAAUAUAUGGCUCCUGAAGUGGUAAGCCGCAAAGGUCAUUCCUUUGCUGCAGAUUGGUGGUCGUUUGGGGUGCUUAUGUACGAAAUGUUAACUGGAAGUCUCCCUUUUCAAGGUACGGAUAGGAGGGAUACCAUGACUCAAAUAUUAAAGGCCAAACUUGGCAUGCCCGCUCACUUAAGUCCUGAGGCUCAGAGUUUGCUCAGGGUUCUUUUCAAAAGAAAUCCUGCCAAUAGAUUGGGAGCAGGACCUGGCGGCGUAGAAGAUUUAAAGAACCAUGAAUUUUUUGCUACAAUAGACUUUGAUGCCCUACUUGCCAAAAAAACUAGGCCACCUUUUCAACCUGCUGUUUGUGGUCCAGAAGAUGCAUAUUUUGAUUCAGAAUUUACUAGUAAAACCCCGAAGGAUUCACCUGGAGUACCUGUUAGUGCCAAUGCUCAUGAACUAUUUAGAGGUUUUAGUUUUAUUGCACCAUGUUUACUAGAUACCAUGGAUACCAACGGUACUAACGGCACCAAUGGUACUUACGGUAAUAAAAUAGAUACCCCUAUAAAAUCAGUAAGGACUUCUGAUAGAAACUUUCUAGAGGAAUACAUUCUUAUGGAAAAACUGGGAAUUGGUAGUUAUAGCGUUUGUAAAUUAGCAAAACAAAAAUCUACUGGACAACAAUAUGCUGUUAAGAUUGUUGAAAAAUCUUUAUGCGAUUGCCGAGAAGAAGUGGAAAUUUUGCUCAGAUAUGGCCAACAUCCAGGAAUUGUGACACUAAAAAGUGUUUUUGAGGAUACAAAUAAAAUGUAUUUGGUAUUGCAGUUACUUAAAGGGGGCGAUUUGCUAGAAUACAUGCUAAAAAAUAAACGUCUAUCAGAGAAAGAAUCGGCUGCAAUUUUAAAAACACUUGUAACUACAGUUGCCUAUUUACAUGAAAAUGGGGUAGUGCACAGGGAUUUGAAACCAGCAAACAUUUUGUUUGCAUCUGAAGACUGCCUACCUGAAAGCGUUACUAUCUGUGAUAUGGGUUUUGCUAAACAAUUGCGAGCUGACAACGGCUUACUGAUGACGCCUUGUUACACCGCCAAUUACGUUGCUCCUGAAGUAUUAAAACGCCAAGGUUACGACGCUGCUUGUGAUAUUUGGUCAUUAGGUGUUAUUCUCUACAUUAUGCUGUCUGGAAGGUGUCCUUUUAGUACAGCCCCCACUGAUAGUCCCCAACACAUUUUGCAAAGAAUAAGCUCAGGAAAACUGGACCUACAAAGUGGUAGAUGGGCCAAUGUAUCAGUGGAGGCCAAAAACCUUGUAACUGAAAUGUUACACAUAGCACCCCAAAGGCGUCCCACUGCUGCCAAUUUGGUAAAACAUCCCUGGUUAAAUGGUAUUUCGCCCGCCACCUACCAACUGUCCCAAAGUACAUCACAAAACACGCUGAAAACCAAUCAGUUGACCUCCCAGUCAAACGAUUCCACCAGUUUGCAGGACUGUUUGCAGUUGAAGGAAACAGUUGCUGCUACAUUUAGAGCUAUAGCAACGUCUCCGCAAGUGGCGCAUCUAGGACCGGUUGCAAUGUCAGAAUUGGCUAGAAGACGGUUCAGAGACAAGGCGCAGAUGCGAAUUUAACGGUCAGAGCAUUCAUCAAAAAUUUGAGAAAAAACAAGCAAAAAAGCAAGGUAUGAUUAACCAACGUUUUUUGUUUGUUGUUACUAUAAAUCGUUAUACCAUAAUUAAGAAGUAUUUGCCUACCUUCUUAAAAUAUUUUGUUUACCCUUCCACUACUCACAUUAUUUAGGUACUAAACCUACAUUUUUUAAAUCCUAUCCCGUGUGAUGUAAAGCACGUUGGUUUUGUCUACAUUUUCUUUGUUUAAAAGAAAAAAGCAUUUGUUCAAAUGCAAAUAAACAGACAUCACAUAGUUAGGGCUACUAUAAGUGCUAUUCUUGCCCAAUUCUGGACCCAAUUUUGUUCACAUGUAUUGUAGCAUUAGACUCAUAUAGACAUUAAAAAUGUUCAGAAAUGAUUUUUAAUGUUUGGUAAUGUACCUUGGUCAAAUGAAUAUCAUAUACAAAUUUAACAACUCUAUUUUUGAUAAUGUUAAAGUAUUUUAUAUAUUUCGUUUGAAAAUUAAUGCUUUUUACCUUUUUAUCCACUUUUUAUUUUUUUACAAAAUGUUGCUUUAGUUUGUUGUAUAAUCCUUUUUACAUAAAUAUUUGUUGUAUUUUAUUUUAUAUAAGAUAUUUAUUAGUAAAUUUGUGUACAUUAUACCACUACAAUGCACACAAACUAACUUUAAAUAUCUUAAAAUAUUUCUUUAAAUGGUUUUAAUUUGAGUCUAUUUACACGACUCUAGUCUCAAACUUGGAUAUAUUUUUUUGUAAAAUCAUCAAUUAAAUAUAGAAGAUUUAUUAGAUUAAAUAAAAAGUGUUAAUUGCAAAUAAAAACAAUAUAGGUGUAUAGAUAUCUAAAUAAAUAUUUAUUAUAGCUACCACCGCUAAGAACGCUUUAAAAGGAAAUCGCUAUUUUAAGUGAAACUGUAAUGUUCUGUAACAUCAUUAUUAUGUAGCUUAGUGUUAUAAGGUUCAACAUUGUAUUAUAUUCAAAAGUCUAGUCUAUAUCUAUAUUUUUAUAAAAUAAGUUAUCUCUAAAGAAAACCCCUUUAAGCCACAAAAAUUGUAGUGUAAACAUGGGAGGCAUUUAUCAUAGCAAACUUUGGCAGAAAGCAUUUUGUGAUUUUUACUCGUGUGUUUACUCUAACAAAUCUGCCUGAGAAGAUUUUUUAGAAUACAUUUACAUGAAUGUUACUCUCUUGGGUUAAACUAAUCCAAAUUUUAUGCGAUUCGUUGAUACCUGUUUGUGGAUAGAAUUAUACAUUUAGGCUUUACUAUAUUGAUGUUAUUUUGAUGUAACAAUCAAUUUAAAGAAUGGUUGACAAAAAUCAUUAUACUUAAUAACAUGCAAGUUUUUAUAAAUGCAGUAAGAUCAACCAUUCUUAUUUCGUCAAGUGUCAAUUUUUAAAAUUAAUUUUAAAAUAUUUGUUUGUCUAUUUGGGCUCUAAAAAGUUCAGACAAACAAAUUAAACCUAUUUAAUACAUGUAUGUGGCCAUAAAUAAAAUUUAGUUCCUUAGGUAAUUUUAAUAAACAUAGUUUUAUGAGAUCUGCAUAUCCACGUUAGUUCUUAUAAGUAUUGUGUAAAGAAAUUAAAUUUAUCCAGAUUUUAAUUGUAUUAUAAUGUUAAAAAAUAUUUAUCUUAUAUUUCCAGUAAAAACAAUUGUGAUAUCGAUUUUUAUAACAUGUUUUUAGGUUUAAAUCUAGUUAUUUUUAGUGGUAAUAGCUCGAAAAUGUAAAUUUUAUUUUGUAUAUCCAUGACUAUUAGCAAAAACAAAUAUUUUAAAACAAAAGAUUCUGUAAUAAAGAUUAUAACAUUA